AAAACCCGUCUCAAUCGCUAUUUAGUAAAUCUAUCGAGAUACACACACUGAGGUUGUGUACAGCUCUACUGGUGUAACGUGUCCAGUGUUGUCUGAUCAUGAGAGAGCCCCGCCCAUCUCUGCUGCGGACACAUAGCGAGUGCGUAACAAAAUAAAGAAACAGGAAACGUUUUUUUUCCAGGUCCUUCUUGAGUGUGUUCCCAAGAAAGCGUCAAAACACAGCACCCAUCAAGGCCAUGGCAAGCGCACCCCCGCUGGAGUCAUCCACUCUUGUGGGACACCCUCCUCCUCCCUCGUAUGAGGAGGCACUGGGAUCAAACCCGCAGUACCCACCAAUGCCCUACGCUCCUGCUCCUGCUCCAGACAUGAAGACAUCUGUGCCUCCGUAUCCAGCACAACCCUACUGUCCCAUGUAUCCACCACCACCAGCUCAACAAGGUCAACCCAUCACCAGUCCUGUUGUAUCUGUGCAGACCGUGUAUGUUCAGCCUGGGCUGGUGUUUGGGAGUGUCCCGGUGCAGGCACAUUGCCCAGUGUGCUCACUGAAUGUGAUAACUCGCCUGGAGUAUACAUCAGGAGCAUUAGCUUGGCUCUCUUGUGCAGGCCUGGCCAUCUUCGGUUGUAUCUACGGCUGCUGCCUGAUUCCCUUCUGCGUGGACAGCCUGAAGGAUGUGAUACACCACUGUCCGAACUGCAGCAGCGUUUUAGGAGUCCACAAGAGAAUCUGAAGCAGCUGCAGAACAUAUGAAUGAGUUGUGUAACAUACCACUCUGUGUUUAUAAUGGGGAAACGUUACAGUCAAUUCAUCUUUUUAGCAAGAGUUAAUUCAAUAUCUGUUGCACCGACACACACAUAUUCAAAUGUAUGCGCGCACGCGCGCACACGCACACACACACACACACAUAUCUUAACAUACUUGUCUAUUCAAUUUAAAAACUGUUAUUUGACCAAAAACGAACUCUUUUUUUUUUUUAUAAUUGUAUCACAAUUGUGAAGGAAUCUUUAUAACAUUAGAUUUACGUAUAAACAGUGCAAUUAUUCUCAAUUAUAUUUUCUGUAAUCAAACUGAUGUAGGGAAAUAUUAUACAAAUAAAUAUGUAUAUGCUUUUCACACUUAAA